AGGGCGAAAUCGAGAGGGUAACGCAGUAAUUAAACAUCAAACACAAAAUAACUUGUUAAAGUUUCGUGUGGCCUGCGAUGCGAUCCACUGAGCACAAGAAUGGCGACGGAAUCUGCGAUAUCAUCUUCGUACAAGAAAUAUGCGAUCAGGAAGCGAGAUCCAAACCCUAAAUCCUCAGCUCUCCUCGUGAUCGACGUGCAAAACUACUUCUCUUCGAUGGCGAAGCCGAUCAUCCCGGCGAUCAACACUGCCAUCGAUCUCUGCCGGCGGGCAUCCGUGCCGGUGAUCUUCACGCGCCACCGCCACAAGUCGCCGGACGACUACGGCGUGCUCGGGGAGUGGUGGAACGGCGACCUGAUCAUGGACGGGACUCCAGAAGCGGAGCUGAUGGCGGAGCUCGGCCGGAGGGACGGCGAUCAGGUGGUGGAGAAGAACACGUACAGCGCGUUCAGAGGGACGGGGUUGGAGGAGCGGCUGAGGGAGAUGGGGGUGGAGGAGGUGAUCGUGACGGGGGUGAUGACGAACCUGUGCUGCGAGACGACGGCGCGUGAGGCGUUCGUGCGGAAUUUCAGGGUGUUCUUCUCUACUGACGCGACGGCCACGGCGUCGCCGGAGCUGCACGAGGCUACCUUGAAGAACCUGGCUUACGGUUUUGCUUAUAUGGUCGACUGCCCGCGGCUCCAAGAUGCUUUCUCCGGCAAAAAUUAGGGUUUUUUUUUAUAUAAAUAAUAAUAAUAAUAAUAAAUUUCCUUGGCCUGUCAUGUCAUGAGCACGUGGAUUGUAAAAUUACGUUUGUAAUUCAGAUGUUCCGUUCUUUUUA